AUGAUGAACCGCGCCGCUGCCUUACGUAAAGCUGCUGCACUUGGUCCUUUGUCUGCAGCUCGUUCUCGCGGUGCUGCUGGGGCUCGAACGUAUGCUAGCGAUGCGAAUGGAACCUCAAGAUCCGGUCUGGGUCGCCUGUUCGUGUACUCCACGGUUGGUGCUACCGUCUUCUACGGUAUCUCGACGGUGGCAGCACUCAACAACGACCGAUACAACCACUUUUUCGUAGAGAGCAUUCCAGGAGGAGAGCGCAUCAUCGACUACCUCGACACCCACGAUGUUGGCCAGGAAAUCAAGAGCAUCAACCUGCAUGGCUAUGGAGACAAGGCGAUCGACGUCACCAAGACCGCCUACGACAGCGUCAGCGGUGCAGUGAGUCGCGUGUUCAGUGGUGAUGCAGGCGCCAGCGAGAGUGCAGGCGACGAACGUGACGCUCGACUCAGGGUCUCCGAAGCUCGCGCAACGGCCAAGGCUGAAGCAGACAAGCUCGCGCAAAGGGCCAAGGUAGCUGCCGAAAAAGCCGAGCACCAGGCCGAAUCUGCACUUCAAGCUGUGCAGGACAAGACUUCGGAGCUCGUCAACCGCGCUAAGGCAGCUGCUGAACGGGCAGAGGCCAAGGUUCGUGGUCAAACCACUGAGGCCAGUAAAGACGGCCGCAACAUAAUUCAGCGUGCUGUCGACAGCGUCCAAGUCAUGACCGACAUUGGCGCCAACACGAAGGCUGCUCCGUCCAAGAGUGCCGCUCCAGGCAACGGUCCCAAGGAGGAGGUCAAGGAAACUUACAUCGGCGAACUUCCUGUCAACCACGAGGCUCCUGUGGGCUAUGCUGCUCCUCGUCGUGACCGCGGUCUUCAAGCUCCUGAUCACCCCACCGCCCGUUUGCGUCCCGACCCGGAAGCACCCAAGCUGCCCCUCCUGGCACCUUCGAUCAAGAGCCUCUCUGCAUCCGAGCCCAUGAUCGCCCAGCUCGCCGGCACCAUCGAUGAGCUCACUGUUUUCCUCAAGGAAACGCCUUCUUCCGGUGCCAAAGCCAAGGGUGUCCUCGAAAGCGCACAGAUCGACCUCGAGCAGUUGAGCCAGCGUCUCGAGACCAUCAAGCGUCAAGAGGCCAAGCGCGUCGAAGACAGUCUGGCUGCCCAAGCUAAGCGAUAUGAAACCCAAAUCUCCAAGCAGUCGCAAGAGGCGGCCGACAAGCUCUCGAGCCGAGAGUCGGACUGGCAAAAGUCGUUCGAAGAGGAGCACGCCAAGCAGACGCAGCAGUUCAAGGAGAAGCUUGAAAAGGAGCUCGCCACGCAGAGUCAGAUCAUUAACGAGAGGCUCAAGGAGGAAGUGAUUGCGCAGGGUAUCGAGCUGCAGCGUAGAUGGAUGAAGGACAUCAAGGCUAAGGUGGAGGAGGAGCGUGGUGGACGACUUUCCAAGCUCGACGAGUUGGCUACAGACCUCAAGAGCCUUGAAAAGGUGAGCUUGGACAACAGCAGCGUGCUGGAUGAAAACUUGUCGGUGCACACGCUUUGGACUGCGGUUCGAGCUGUGCAGCACGCGCUCGAUGAUGCUUCAGCGACCAAGCGACCUUUCGCGGAGCAGCUGCGUGUUCUCAAGGGCACAUCCAAGGCGCGCGAUGACCCUGUGCUCUCCGCUGCCAUCGAGGCGCUCGAUGCAAGCGGAGCGGCCGACACGGGCGUCGAGACGUUCACAACGCUCAAGCAGUGGUUCGACGACAAGGUUGGACCUCGUGUUCGUCAAGUCUCGCUUGUCCCCUCGCCGGAAACCUCAGGCGUUCUCUCGCACCUUGCCAGCGCUGCUCUUUCGCCAAUCCUGUUCCACAAAAAGGGCCUCGUACCAGGCCAAGACGUCCCAUCGGUGCUUGCAAGAGCAGAGUACUACCUGGACCGCAAAGACCUCGAUUCGGCCACGAGGGAGUUGAACCAGCUCAAGGGUUGGCCUAAGUUGCUUGCGUCCGACUGGCUCGCCGCUUCGCGAAAGAGGCUUGAGGUUCAACAGGCACUCGAUGUGGUCCAGACAGAAGCUAGCUUGGCCUCGCUCAUGGUUUCCGCCUGA